UUUCGUUUCGUAUAAAUUAGCGGCAUGCUUCCUUAGCAACACCAGAAAAUCCACGGAUCACUCCCAAAUCCAUCCAUCUCCGUUGUUCCUUGCAAAUGUUCCCAGAGAGCUUCUGUUCAAGUCAAGUUCCUUCACACAAGGCCUCUUCAAAUUUCUAUUACCCCAGUUCAUAUUCCGCACAAUAUCAUCACACUCUUUAACUUCUCCCUUAUUAGGCACUCCAAGCAAGAACCCAACUUUAUAAUUUUUCAGCUGCUCGCCGCGUCUUUGACACUGACGCUUGGCAGGUAUAGUUAAAAAAAUGAUUAUCCCAGUAUCUUCUGCCCCUGCUUGCAAACAAGUACUGCCCCUAAUAAAUUUCCAAAAGGGGCUCACCAAUAUGGAGUCCUUGUCCUUGUUUCACCAUCGCAAGGAUAAGGUUGUUGUGAUAUUGGGGGCCACAGGAACCGGCAAGACGAAGCUGGCAAUAGACUUGGCCAACCAUUUCCCACCAGCGGAGAUAGUGAACUCUGACAAAAUGCAAGUUUACAAGGGUCUUGACAUCACAACCAAUAAGGUAACAGAGGAAGAGACUCGUGGGGUCCCACAUCAUCUUCUAGGCAUGGUUGAUCCUAACUUAAAUUUCACUGCUAAUGACUUUUGUCUCCAUGCCUCUUUGGCCAUCGAUUCCAUCGUGGGAAGGGAUGGCUUACCCAUAAUUGCUGGGGGUUCCAAUUCCUACAUAGAUGCUUUGGUGAACCAUAACACAGAGUUUAGGUUAAGGUACGAGUGUUGCUUCCUCUGGGUAGAUGUUUCACUCCCUGUGCUCCAUUCCUCACUACAUGCACGUGUAGAUCGCAUGAUAGAGGGUGGUCAACUUGACGAGGUUCGUGAAUUCUUCGACCCUUGUGCUGAUUACACGAGAGGGAUUCGAAGGGCCAUUGGGGUUCCUGAAUUUCACGAUUUCCUAAGAGCAGAGUCAACAACAGAGGAUUACAGAAUAAAGAAGAGGCUCCUCGAGAGUGCCAUUGAGAGGAUCAAAGUCAAUAACUGCACGCUCGCAAAUCGCCAGCUCCAGAAGAUUCAUCGCCUGCACAGCAUGUGGAAACGGAGCAUGCACCGCCUCGACGCCACCGAGGUUUUCCUCAAAAGUGGCUCUGAUGAACAGGCACGGGAAGCGUGGGAGGAUCACGUGCUGGCAAAGAGUCUUAGGAUCGUGCACAAGUUCCUGUACGAGGAAUCCCAUGUUGUUCCCGCUGGAAUUGUGUCCCCAAAAGAUGUAAUUACUGCUGUUUCUGCCCCACCGCCGCCCGUAGCAAUGGCUGCCGUUGCGGCUGCAACCCAUUAGAGGUAGGGCCAGAGAAUCUAUAUACGAAGAUCGCACCAUUAACAUGCUUGACACUAUGGCAUUCAAGGAAGAGUCACCAUUUUGACACACUUGCAAAAAAAAAUUAUCACUUUGUCAAGUCAAUACUAAAUUUUACCAAAAUGUCACACCACAUAUUACACGGCGUGGAAAAAUAUGUUUGCAAAUAAUUCGCUACACAGUGUAGCGAAAUAUGUCAGAAUGCACGGUCAACAAAAAAUGACACGUGUCAAUCAAGCAGAAAUUCGCUACACUGUGUAGCGAAUUAUGCUUGAAUUCUGUCUGCUUGACACGUGACAUUUUUGGUUAUGUGCAUUCUGACGUGGCAUAUUUCGCUGCACUGUGUAACGAAUUACUUGCAAACAUAUUUCGCUACACAGUGUAGCAAAAUAUGCCGCAUGACAUUUUAACAAAAUUUACUGUUGACGUGACAGUUUGAUAAAAAAAUUUACAAGCGUGACAAAAUAGUGACUGUUCCGGCAUUCCACAUCUUUUUUUUUUUUUUUUUUUUUCACGUCAUGUCAUUGGUAGCAAAAGUUUUACCCUCUCUCUCUACAUAUAUGUAUAAUCUUUUGUUCAACUUCU